AUGGUGUUGCAAGAUCUCGGGCGUCGCAUUAAUGCGGCCGUUUCAAACCUCACGCGAGAGCAGAAUCUCGAUGAAAAGGAGAUUUGCGCCGCCCUUCUCGAGGCCGAUGUCAAUGUUCGACUCGUCGGCCAACUCCGAAAAUCGAUUCGCAGCACCGUCAACUUCAAAGAACUGCCUCCCGCCGUCAACAAGAAGCGUCUGAUCCAAAAAGCCGUUUUCGACGAACUGGUCAAACUCGUCGACCCCCAUGCCGAGCCGUUCAAGCCCAAGAAGGGCAAGUCGAAUGUCAUCAUGUUUGUCGGUCUGCAGGGUGCGGGUAAGACGACGACGUGUACAAAGCUGGCGCGACACUACCAGACAAGAGGCCUGCGGGCGUGCUUGGUUUGUGCCGAUACGUUCCGUGCUGGCGCUUUUGAUCAGCUGAAGCAGAAUGCGACCAAGGCCAAAAUUCCGUACUACGGCUCGCUUACAGAGACGGACCCUGCUGCCGUUGCUCGAGCUGGUGUUGAGCAGUUCAAGAAGGAAAAGUUCGACGUCAUCAUUGUCGAUACAUCGGGUCGACACAGACAGGAAUCCGCCCUGUUCCAGGAGAUGAUUGACAUUCAGGCGGCAGUUACCCCCGACGAGACUAUCAUGGUACUGGACGCCUCAAUAGGUCAACAAGCCGAGGCUCAGGCCAAAGCCUUCAAGGAGGCCGCCGACUUUGGAGCAAUCAUCAUCACCAAGACAGAUGGCCACGCCCAUGGUGGUGGUGCUAUCUCUGCCGUCGCCGCUACACACACACCCAUCGUCUUCAUUGGUACUGGAGAGCACAUGUUGGAUCUGGAGAGAUUUGAGCCUCAGCGAUUUGUCCAGAAGCUGCUGGGAAUGGGCGACAUGGCCGGACUGGUUGAGCACGUGCAGAGCCUCAACUUGAACCAGAAGGAUACCAUGAAGCAUCUACAAGAGGGUAUCUUUACGGUGCGAGAUUUACGAGACCAGCUCUCAAACAUCAUGAAGAUGGGACCACUAUCGAAAAUGGCUGGCAUGAUUCCUGGCAUGAGCGGCCUUAUGCAAGGCAUGGAUGACGAGGAGGGAGGCGCAAAGCUGAAGCGCAUGAUUUACAUCUGCGACUCCAUGACAGACAAGGAGCUCGAUUCUGAUGGCAAGAUCUUGAUUGACGAGCCAACCCGCAUGACACGUAUUGCUCGAGGAUCAGGCACUUCGGUGCGUGAGGUGGAAGAUCUUCUGACGCAGCAGCGGAUGAUGGCCGGCAUGGCUAAGAAGAUGGGUGGCAACAUGAAGAACAUGCAGAGAGCACAGCAAGCCAUGUCGGGUGCAAACAAAGCGCAACAGAUGGCUGCCAUGCAGAAGCGACUACAGAGUAUGGGCGGUGCCGGUGGUGCUGGAGGCAUGCCGGAUAUGGGAUCAUUAAUGAAGAUGCUCGGCGGCGGCGGCAUGCCUGGCGGAAUGGACAUGCAGGCAAUGAUGCGACAGAUGGGCAUGGGUGGUGGCAUGCCGGGAAUGCCUGGGAUGCCCGGUAUGCCAGGAGGAGGAGGCCGUGGACGGAGGUGA